CUGACCGCCGUCGACGUCGCACGCAUCCGCGACGAUUUUCCCAUUCUGGACCAACUGAUCAAUGGGAAGCCCCUGGUCUAUCUGGACAACGCGGCCACCACGCAAAAACCGCGCCCGGUGAUCGACGCGAUCAGCAACUACUACCUGCACAACAAUUCCAACGUGCACCGUGGCGUGCAUACCCUGAGCCAACGGGCCACUGAUGAUUACGAGGCGGGUCGUGAAGCGAUUCGCCGAUUCAUCAACGCCCCAGACGCCUCGGAAAUUAUCUACGUGCGGGGCACCACCGAAGGGCUGAACCUGGUCGCCAGCAGCUAUGGACGCAAAUUCUUCAAGGCCGGAGAUGAGGUCAUCAUCACCGGCAUGGAGCAUCACUCCAACAUCGUCCCCUGGCAGAUUUUGGGCAAGGAAAUCGGCAUCCGCCUGCGGGUCAUUCCCUUCAACGACCAGGGCGAGUUGCUGAUGGACGAGUACGAGGGCAUGCUGAAUGACCGUACCCGCCUCGUCUCCGUGGUGCACCAGUCAAAUGCGCUGGGUACCAUCAAUCCGGUGUCGGCGAUUGUCGAGCUGGCCCAUGCCCGCGGUGUGCCGGUAAUGCUGGACACCGCACAGUCGGUCCCGCACAUGCCAAUCGACGUGCAGGAUUUGGGCGUCGACUUCGCGACCUUCUCCGGGCACAAGAUGUACGGUCCCACGGGCAUCGGCGUUCUGUGGGGUCGGGCCGACCUGCUGAACGAAAUGCCGCCAUACCAAACCGGCGGCGAAAUGAUCCGUUCCGUCACCUUCGAGGAAACCAUUUACAACGUGCUGCCGCACAAAUUCGAGGCCGGCACCCCGGACAUCGCCGGCGCCAUCGGGCUCGGCGCGGCGGUGGAGUACCUGGAAGCAAUCGGAAUGGGACGCAUCGCCGCCUACGAACAGGCGCUGAUGCGCUACGGCGCCGAGCGUCUCGCCGAGAUUGAAGGCGUGCGGCUCAUCGGCACCGCUGCAAACCGGGGCGGCGUCCUCUCGUUCUACAUGGAAGCGGCCCACGCCCAUGACAUCGGCACCAUCCUGGACGCGGAAGGCAUCGCCGUGCGCACCGGCCACCACUGCGCGCAGCCGGUGAUGGCACGCUACGAAAUCCCGGCCACCGUGCGGGCUUCCCUGUCCUUCUACAACACCACCGAGGAAAUUGACGCCCUGAUCAAGGGCAUAGAUCGGGUGAUUGAGGUUUUCGGCUGA